CGCUUCCAUGGCUUCCACAGCCAACCAAAAAACCUCAUCAUCCAUUCAUUGGUCGUUCGAUUCGAUCGAGAGAGAGAGAGAGAGAGAGAGCGCAUUAAUUUGCAAUGGCUCCGGCAAUGGCGGCGUCGGAUCCCCUGGCGAGGCAGGCCAUGUCGCGGGCGGCGAGCGCCGCGCUAGCAGGGGGCGGCGGCGAGGAGCAGGAGAAGCUGAGGCGGAGGAACGCGGAGCUGGAGAGGGAGCUGAGGGAGAGCCGGGAGAGGGAGGAGGCGGCGAGGGAGGAGCUGCGGAGGACGUCGGAGAGGCUGAGGGUGGUGGAGGAGGCGGAGGAGAGGCUCUGCACCCAGCUCGGCGAGCUCGAGGCCGAAGCCGUCCUCCAGGCGCGCGCCUACCACGCCCACAUCCUCAGCCUCGCGGACCAGCUCGCGCAGGCCCAGAAAUUCCUCCAGGUCGACUCCGUUCUUCCCCGGUCGUGAAAUUGUAG